CUGCGAGUGCCGCGCUGCUCUGCCGUGUGCGGCGCCGCGCCUCAGCCGCGUGCUCUCCGCAGGCUGACGGAGUCGGGGCUCUCGAUGGUGGACUGGCACCUGGUGAAGGGCAUGAAGCCCCCGCGCUCGUCGCGCGACUGGGAGGCCGAGUUCCGCAAGUACCAGCAGUUCCCAGAGUUUAAAAUCCUGAAUCGCCACAUGACGCUGGCGGAGUUCAAGUUCAUCUGGUACAUGGAGUACUCCCACCGCAUGUGGGGGCGGGGUGUGGGCCUGCUCUACGUCCUGCCUGCCGCCUACUUCUGGAAGAAGGGCUGGCUCAGCCGCCCCAUGAAGGGCACUGUCCUCGCGCUCUGCGGCCUCGUCUGCUUCCAGGGACUGCUAGGCUGGUACAUGGUGAAGAGUUUGGAAGAGAAGCCGGAGUCUCACGACAUCCCCCGGGUCAGCCAGUACCGUCUAGCUGCUCACCUGGGCUCUGCACUCGUUCUGUACGCAGCCAGCCUGUGGAGUGGGCUCUCCCUGCUGCUCUCGCGACACGAGUUACCUGAAACCCGUCAGUUGCUCCGCCUGAGACAUUUUGCUCACGGGACCACAGGCCUCAUCUUCCUCACCGCUCUCUCAGGUGCCUUUGUGGCAGGCCUGGAUGCUGGCCUGGUUUACAACUCCUUCCCCAAAAUGGGGGACCGCUGGAUCCCAGACGAUCUCCUCUCUUUCUCCCCCAUGCUGAAGAACGUCUUUGAGAAUCCCACAACUGUCCAGUUUGAUCACAGGAUACUGGUGAGUGCUUCGGUCACUGCCAUCACCGCCCUCUACCUCUUCUCUCGGAGGGUCGUCCUCCCACGUAGGACCAAGAUGGCGGUGGCCUCCUUACUGGCUGUGGCCUACAUGCAGGUGGGCCUGGGCAUCAGCACCCUGCUGCUGUACGUCCCCACGCCUCUGGCUGCUACACACCAGUCGGGCUCGCUGGCACUGCUCAGCGUGGCGCUGUGGCUCAUGAGCGAACUCCGUCGUGUUCCAAAAUAGUCUGCGCUGGAGCAGCGGUUUCAGGCUCUGCAGAAUGCGGCUGUGCGCUCGGGGGCACCUUGCUGCUCUCCUGCCUGUGGGGGAGGCUCCGCCUGGCUGCGCGCUGGACAGGGAGGAGCGGCUGCCUCCAGGCCCAGGGGCUGUUGGCCCCGCUGUAAGGACGGGGUCCUGAACGCAGGCGCCCGGCACUUCUGCGCGUGCACUUUAUACCUACCAUAAAUGAAUCUAUCAAAGCACUCGUCUCUGGCUGCAGCG